CGAAUAGAUACCAUGUAUUAAAUGUGUAUUUACGGUGCAAGCACACCAGUUGAUUCGCGACGACAUGGCCGUUCAGUUGCAAAAGUUUUUCACUAAACUGGGCAAUGCUAACCCUGUUCAAUCGGCUAGGAAUUUGUCAGUUUCGGCGUGUACGAGAAGCCAAUCAUCAUUUCGAUGGAACGACGCGCUGAAUUUGGAGUCGCAAUUAACGCAGGAUGAGAUCCAGGUUCGAGAUCAGUUCCGAGUUUAUUGCCGGGAGAAGCUGCUGCCGCGGAUAAAACAUGCCAAUAGAACCGAGUACUUUGACAAGAAUAUAAUUACCGAGUUGGGGGAAAUCGGUGCCUUAGGUUGCACGAUUAAGGGAUACGGAUGCGCGGGAAUUUCAAACGUAGGAUAUGGUCUCCUGGCUAAAGAAAUCGAGGCUAUUGACAGCAGUUACAGAUCAGUUCUUUCCGUACAAUCUUCCCUCGUUAUGGGCGGUAUUGACAUGUUUGGAAGCGAAGAGCAGAAACAAAAAUAUAUUCCGGCGCUAGGAUCUGGAAAACUAAUCGGAUGCUUUGGACUUACCGAACCGAAUCACGGCAGCGAUGUAUCCUCGAUGGAAUCUCGAGCCAAAUACGACGGAACAAAAAAGGUUUACAAAUUAUCAGGGAGCAAAACUUGGAUAACCAAUUCACCGGUGGCGGAUAUUCUCCUUGUUUGGGCAAAGUGUGAAGACGGAAAAAUUCGGGGUUUUAUCGUCGAGCGAAAGGGUAACGAAAUGGGACUGUCGACGCCGAAGAUCGAGGGGAAAUUUUCUCUGAGAGCUUCGGUUACCGGAAUGAUUUUAAUGGACGACGUUAUAGUGCCGGAAAACAACGUGCUCCCGAAUGUUGCCAGUUUGAGGGGGCCUUUCAGCUGCUUGAACAAUGCGAGAUACGGCAUAGCCUGGGGUGCUUUGGGGGCCGCUGAAGCUUGUUUAACUUUAGCAAGAGCUUACACUAUGGACCGGACACAAUUUCAUAGACCUUUGGCGGCUAAUCAAAUUAUGCAAAAGAAAAUGGCCGAUAUGGUAACCGAGAUAUCUAUCGGACUGCAAGCCUGCCUGCAAGUUGGUAGACUCAAGGAUAAGCAGGAAGCAACACCGGAAAUGAUAUCUUUAAUAAAACGAAACUCGGCUGGAAAGGCGUUGGACAUUGCGAGAACAGCGCGAGACAUGCUUGGUGGAAAUGGUAUUUCCGACGAAUAUCACAUAAUACGACACGUGAUGAACCUCGAGGCAGUAAACACUUACGAAGGUACUCACGACAUUCACGGAUUGAUACUUGGCAAGGCGAUAACUGGAAUAGCAGCAUUUGCCAAUUAAAAGAUAAUGCGAUAGAUUUACUCAGGGAAAGAGAACAAUGAAAUCAUCGUAUAAAUUGUGAGAUUGGUUUUUACGUCCGAAGAUCAUUCGAACGUUAAAUUACGUUAAUGUAUUGUUUCUUUUCAUUUUUUUUAUUCACUUUUCUUGUUUCUUCGUUUGUUGUUUUAUAUUGAAUAAAAAUUUUGUUGAGAAAUAAAA